UUGACAUCAAUGAAGCUGCAGGCCUUGAUUUGAUGGAGGGAGAUAUUGUUCUUGAUGAGAGACAAUGCCGCAACUCCAUCAUAGGAGACGAGUACAGAUGGCCAAAAACCAUCCCUUACUACAUGGAGGACGAUUUGGAGAUCAAUGCAAAAGGAGUGAUUUUGAAGGCCUUUGAGCAGUACCGACUGAAGACCUGUAUCGACUUCAAACCAUGGGAGGGAGAGCAGAACUACAUUUCAAUUUUUAAAGGAGGCGGAUGUUUCUCUUCGGUGGGGAACAGGCUUGUGGGGAAGCAGAGGUUAUCCAUUGGAACGAAUUGCGACCGCAUCGCCACUAUAGAACACGAGUUCCUUCACGCUCUGGGAUUCUGGCAUGAGCAGUCACGUUCGGACCGCGACGACUACGUGACUAUCAUGUGGGAUCGCAUUUCUGAGGGCAAGGAGCACAACUUCAACACGUACAACGACACCACAUCCAGCUCUCUGGGCGUGCCUUACGACUACGGCUCCAUGAUGCACUACAGCAAGACUGCCUUCCGGAACGGCACAGAACCCACCAUCGUCACCAAGAUCCCGGCCUUUAGCGAGGUCAUCGGCCAGCGCAUGGAGUUCAGCGACAGCGACCUGCUCAAGCUCCACCGCCUCUACAAUUGCACCCGCUCCUCCACCUUCCUGGACUCGUCCAAGUAG